AUGAAGUCUAAUGACAUGACAGCUGUACGACAUCUAAUGUUUGCUUCACGCAUCAAUCUUCUUCUCUGUUUUGGUGACAUCCUUCAUCCUUCAGGUGGCGCUCAUUAAUGACACAGAGAGAAAAGAGGUGUGGCCUGAGGCGGUCUCACUCCAUCCCAGUUUGGAGCAGUCAAAGAUUUCUCGACGUUUAGCUGCAGAAACAGUCGUUCAGCUCUACAACAGCUUCAUCUUCAUGAGUUUGUUCGUCUUCCUUCAUGAGUUUUUCAAGCAGCUGAUCCUCCCAUUGACCCUCUUCUCCAGUAACCACUCCCCCACCCAGAGACCGUGCUGGCACGCCUUCAGAGCAGCGGCGGCAGAUAGCGAGAAGGACCGGGGGCUCUGA